AGAGCCAGAGGGAAACCGACGCCGGCGCUGACAUGGGCCUCCAGCCCCGGUGCCGCUCGGAGCCCACGGAGGGGACAGCGCAGCCGCGCCGGCCAGGCGCUCGCGUCUCUGGGGACCCAGCCCUAUGAUCUCCUCCUUGUCACCCCCUCCACCCGCCGGACUUCAGAUCUGACCCCCGACCCGCCUGCCGCCCUCGGGAGGCCCGCCCCCCAGCACGAUGCCUAUCCUCAAGCAGCUCGUGUCCAGCUCGGUGCACUCCAAGCGCCGCUCCCGUGUGGACCUCACGGCUGAGAUGAUCAGCGCCCCCCUGGGCGACUUCCGGCACACCAUGCACGUGGGCCGGGCGGGGGACGCCUUUGGGGACACCUCCUUCCUCAACAGCAAGGCCGGCGAGCUGGACGGUGAGUCCCUGGAUGAGCAGGCCUCCACCUCGUCCUCCAAACGCAGCCUCCUGUCCCGGAAGUUCCGGGGCAGCAAGCGGUCGCAGUCGGUGACCCGGGGGGACCGGGAGCAGAGGGACAUGCUGGGCUCCCUGCGGGACUCGGCUCUGUUCGUCAAGAACGCCAUGUCCCUGCCCCAGCUGAACGAGAAGGAGGCGGCCGAGAAGGGCUCUGGCAAGCUGCCCAAGAGCCUGUCGUCCAGCCCCGUGAAGAAGGCGAGCGCCGGGGAGGGCAGCCAGGAGGAGGUGGGCGAGGGGGAGCUUGGGCCUCGGCGGAAUGGGGCCACCGCCCCCCACUCCCCGGACCCUCUCCUGGACGAGCAGGCCUUCGGGGACCUGACAGAGCUGCCCGUCGUGCCCAAGGCCGGCUUGGGGCUCAAGCACGCCGAGUCCAUCAUGUCCUUCCACAUUGACCUGGGGCCGUCCAUGCUGGGCGACGUCCUCAGCAUCAUGGACAAGGAGGCGUGGGAACCGGAGGAGGAGGAGGGUGGCGGUUACCAUGACGACGGGGCCAAGGCCGGCGGCGGCACCCUGCUGGCUCCCCUGGCGGCUGCGGCGGCCCCUCCCCGGGCCACGCAGGAGGGCGCGGCCGGCCGGGACCUGCCCCAGGACGAGGGGUGGGCGGCGGCCCCCAGCCCGGCCUCGGCCUGCAGCGAGGGCAGCCACACUCCGCGGGACAGCAGCUCCCUGUCCAGCUGCACCUCGGGCGUCCUGGACGAGCGCAGCCCGGCCUCCCGGGGCCCCGAGAGGGCCCGGGCCCCACUGGCCCGGCAGCCCGACAAGGAGUUCUCCUUCAUGGACGAGGAGGAGGAUGAGGAGAUCCGAGUGUGA